UGACACAAGGUAGGAUUUAGGAAGUUAGGUUAUGUUUUAAAUAAUUUUGAUUAUUUUAUUACUGAAGUCUUACAAGACGUAAUAAUAUGUCUAUUCUAUCUUAUGCUCCAGUAAUUUUAAAAAGAGUUGCUAGGCUACGUUAUCCUAUUAACAGCACAUUUAGUAAACUAAAAAAUGAUAAACCUUUUAGUUCGGUAGUUACAAAAACAAUUCAUGAUGUUAACACGAAUGUAGUAAAGGACGUUAUAUUAUUUAAAUAUGAAAAUCCCAAAUUUUAUAUGUACAUGAAUAUAUUCGCCGUUGUUCAAUAUAUGUUUUGGACAUAUCUGGGUUUAUUUGCAUUACAAAAUUUGAGAGAUGCUCCCGUUGACAAGUCGAAGAUAACAGACGAUACUCCAUGGUAUCGAAAAAUUAAUUUAGGCGAAAAUAAAUAUAGGAAUACAUUAGGGACAUUAUCAAUAAUCAUUGGAACUGGAUCUCUGGCAAUGAUAUGGAUGUACACACUCAAAUCAGUGAGGUUAUUAAUUCUUAACAAAGGUGGACGAUACCUAACAUUUGUUACCUAUGCACCUUUUGGUAGUAACAGAAUUAUGAAAGUUCCUAUUGAAUUUGUAUGUUGUAAAGAUAAUCGAAAGUCGGCAAAGGUUCAACUACCACUUAAGGUUAAAAAUACUUUAAUGCAUUAUAUGCUUGAUAUGAGAGGCGAAUUUAAGAAUCCUUUAUUAUUUGACUGCACAGCUGGCUUGAAAAGGAUUUGGUAAAUCAUUGUGUAAUUCAAUAU